CAGUAACGUGCUGCUGCGGCCGCCUCCUGCUCAGGUCCGGGGGUGCGGUCGUGCAAUAGGAAGCCGAGGGCGUUGCAAGCUUCCCUUCGGGCACCAGCUACCUGGCUCCACGUCCUGUCGGGUGCAUUCCACAGACACCCCCGGAUCUUCCACCUGUGGCCCCUAGAACUCCCUGCCCGCGUCCGCCAUGCCUCUCAGCCGCACUUUGUCCGUGUCCUCGCUGCCGGGACUGGAAGAUUGGGAGGAUGAAUUCGACCUGGAGAACACGGUGCUCUUCGAAGUGGCCUGGGAGGUGGCCAACAAAGUGGGCGGCAUCUACACGGUGCUGCAGACGAAGGCGAAGGUGACAGGAGAUGAGUGGGGCGACAACUACUACCUGGUGGGACCGUACACGGAUCAGGGAGUGAGGACCCAGGUGGAGCUGCUGGAGCCGCCGACCCCGGCUCUGAAGAGGACGCUGGACUCCAUGAACAGCAAGGGCUGCAAGGUGUAUUUUGGGCGCUGGCUGAUCGAAGGGGGCCCCCUGGUGGUGCUCCUGGAUGUGGGAGCUUCAGCCUGGGCCCUGGAGCGCUGGAAGGGGGAGCUCUGGGACACCUGCAACAUCGGGGUGCCCUGGUACGACCGCGAGGCCAACGACGCUGUCCUUUUUGGCUUCCUCACCACCUGGUUCCUGGGUGAGUUCCUGGCCCAGAGCGAGGAGAAGCCGCACGUGGUGGCACACUUCCACGAAUGGCUGGCGGGCGUCGGGCUCUGCCUGGCCCGGGCCCGGCGGCUGACCCAGGAGUCCCACAUCCCCAGAGCCCUCCUCCCUAAGACCCAGGCGUCCAGCCUCCAGUCUCCCCCAGCGCCCUUUCUUCCCGCCCAGUUCAAUGUGGACAAGGAAGCAGGUGAGAGGCAGAUCUAUCACCGCUACUGCAUGGAGCGGGCAGCAGCCCACUGUGCUCAUGUCUUCGCUACUGUGUCCCAGAUCACCGCCAUCGAGGCCCAGCACCUUCUCAAGAGGAAACCAGAUAUCGUGACCCCCAACGGGCUGAAUGUGAAGAAGUUCUCUGCCAUGCACGAGUUCCAGAACCUCCAUGCUCAGAGCAAGGCCCGGAUCCAGGAGUUUGUGCGGGGCCAUUUUUAUGGGCACCUGGACUUCAACUUGGACAAGACGUUGUACUUCUUCAUCGCCGGCCGCUACGAGUUCUCCAACAAAGGGGCCGACAUCUUCCUGGAGGCCUUGGCCCGGCUCAACUAUCUGCUCAGAGUCAACAACAGUGAGCAGACCGUGGUCGCCUUCUUCAUCAUGCCGGCGCGGACCAACAACUUCAACGUGGAAACGCUCAAGGGCCAGGCCGUGCGCAAGCAGCUCUGGGAUACGGCCAACACAGUGAAGGAGAAGUUCGGAAGGAAGCUUUAUGAGUCCUUGCUGGUGGGGAGCCUCCCAGACAUGAACAAGAUGCUGGACAAGGAGGACUUCACCAUGAUGAAGAGAGCCAUCUUUGCCACACAGCGGCAGUCUUUCCCCCCUGUGUGCACCCACAAUAUGCUGGACGACUCCUCAGACCCUAUCCUGACCACCAUUCGCCGGAUUGGCCUCUUCAAUAGCAGCGCCGACAGGGUCAAGGUCAUUUUCCACCCGGAGUUCCUGUCCUCCACCAGCCCCCUGCUGCCCGUGGACUAUGAAGAGUUCGUCCGUGGCUGCCACCUGGGGGUCUUCCCCUCCUACUAUGAGCCUUGGGGCUACACGCCGGCCGAGUGCACGGUGAUGGGCAUCCCCAGCAUCUCCACCAACCUCUCCGGCUUCGGCUGCUUCAUGGAGGAGCACAUCGCAGACCCGUCGGCCUACGGCAUCUACAUUCUGGACCGGCGGUUCCGCAGCCUGGAUGAUUCCUGCUCGCAGCUCACCUCCUUCCUCUACAGCUUCUGCCAGCAGAGCCGGCGUCAGCGCAUCAUCCAGCGGAACCGCACCGAGCGCCUCUCCGACCUUCUGGACUGGAAAUACUUGGGCCGGUACUAUAUGUCUGCGCGCCACAUGGCCCUGGCCAAGGCCUUCCCAGAGCACUUCUCCUACGAGCCCCACGAGGCUGACACGGUGAGUUGGCGGGGGUCCCUCUAG